GGCAACCGAGCAGACGACUAACUAAUAAAAAAGUAAACGUGUUUUGUUAAUAUUUUGUUGAUUCGGAUGAACACAAUUUAAAACCCAGUAUUUGUUCAUGUGCAAACGUCAGCCACGUUUUACAUUAAGAUGUCUACCUUAGGGCUAUUACGGACACUCUUUAAUCCCAAAAUAGUAACGCCUAAUGCAACCCAGUUGCAGUCAUUGAACAGGAGUCCCUUCCUUGUCGGGUUAUUUUUCAACCAUGAGCAAAUUCGAACCAUGUCCCGGGUGAAAAGAAGAACCACCCACCCACCUUACUGGCAUGUGUUAAAGAAUGUUCAGAGAGAAGAUGAAAAAAUUUCAAGUGAUAAUUUGCGUUUUGUGAGAGAAGUUAUCCAGGAUAAGUAUAAGAACAAAUCUCCCAUCAAAGGUUCAGACCUAGACAUUGCAAAGACAGAGUGGGACCCCAAAACUAAAAGAAGUGGUGUAAUAGCAAGAAACAUUGGAAUGUAUCAUAUGUGGCAAAAAGAUGGAACAAAAGUUAUUUGCACAGUGCUUCAUGUUUUGGAUAAUCAUGUCAUUCGUUACGUGCCGCCGGAAGAGUACGCAAAAUCCAUUAUUGGAGCUAAAGUGUUCAAGAACAGAAAACCAUUGGGAUGUUUAGUGGUGGGUGCUGAAGCUACAAAUCCCGAUAAGUUUACAAGACAAUAUUGCAGCCUUUUCAGUGAAGUGGGUCUCCUGCCCAAGAAACGAUUGGCUCGUUUCAUCGUCACACCCAACGCUGCCUUGCCACCGUGUACUCCAUUGACAGCAGGUCAUUUCGUCAUUGGACAGGGAGUUGAUGUCUAUGGCAAAACGAUUGACUACGGAUUUCAGGGUGUAGUCAAACGCUGGGGUUUCAAAGGCGGCCCAGCUUCUCACGGUGCCACCAAGUUUCACAGAAGGGGAGGUACUAUUGGAACUGGUAGAGAUAAGGCCCGCGUCUGGCCUGGUCAAAAAAUGCCUGGACAUAUGGGUUCGGAAAGACGAUUUUGCAGGGGUCUCAAAAUUGUGCGAAUUAAUAUGAAGUACAACGUCAUUUACGUGAAAGGAACAGUGCCAGGACCCACAAAUUCUAUCGUACAGAUUUUCGACACUCUUUUACCUCGAAGAAAAUUCACCGAAGCACCUCCACAUCCAACCUAUUUCCCUCCAGAAGACGGAACACUACCACAGGAAGACAUUUGGGAUUCAAGCCUGCAUGUCUUCGGCUCACCUUCCAUCUCUGUGUAAUGGACGGAUACCUUUGUUUAGUCAAUACAUUGUGUUGGAACCAUU